AUGGCGACAAGAGACAGGCCGAGGAUCACGGACAAGGCGGAAGAGAAGGCGGAACACAGAAACACGCUGGAAAGGUAUAGCGUGACAAAGAAAGAAGCAAUAAUAGACAUGGAGGUAAGAAAAAGGGUAGAGUCAGACCACAUGCCGUUGGAAAUAGAAAUAGAGGGGCCAGAGAUACAAAGAGAUGAGGAAAGAAAAGAAGAAGAGAGGGAGAGAAGGGAAUGGACAAACGAAAGUGUGGGAAGAUAUUUAGAGGAGUGUAAAAACUGGGCAAGCAGGGGAAGAACAGCAGAAGAAACGUGGACAGAAAUUAAGAAGAAGAUAAACGAGGCAAUACCAAAGAAGAGAGUAAGGAUAAGGAAAUGGAGCAUAGGAGAAAAGGCGCGGUAUGACAAGGAGUGGAAAGAGAGGAAAAGGGAGAUAAGAAGGAAGAUGACAAAAUUUAGGAAAGGAAAAUGUAGCAGAGAAGAGUUCAUAGAGGAGAAGAAGGCAUUUAAACAGUGUUGUAAACAAAGAAAGGAGAAGCAGGAAGAGGAAGAAAUGAAGAAAAUCAACAAGAUCAAAACAGAGCAAGAAGCAUGGAAAUAUAUAAAUAAAUAUAGAAGAAGAAGAGAGGUUAUAGACGAAGAUAUAAUGGAAGAGGAGUGGCAAAAUUAUUUUAUGGAAAUGUUAGAAAGGACAGAAAACAAAGAGGAUAGUGAACAGAAGGGCGGAGAGUGGAGGAGGAAUUAA